CAGUAAUUGUAUUUACAUAUUCACCUGCAUUUACAUACAUAAAUGUAAAAGAAAGCUCUACUCCACUAAGCUUUCGGCAAAUGGUGUCCUCUGAGCUUUUGUGCUUUCCUCACGAGGGUUGCUGCUUGCCUUUUUCACUAUUGCUAUCCUCCUCUGGCCGCCACUUCUUUUGUGUGCGUGGCCCACAGCUAUCAGCUAUGGUGUCGGUUGUCCUUGUUGCACUUGUUCUUCGUGGAAUCAACGUUGCGCGCUCAACAUUGUCGUGUCGCCAAUGUGUGUGUUUUGUUGUACCACAAGCAAAUUUGUCUUGGCCCCGAUUGUAACGUCCCAGCACACAACUGAAGCUUCAACUCCGAACAAUAAACCAAAAGAAAUUAAAGUGUACACAAUAAACAUUAAAAAGCGAGACGCGAGUGUAAAAUAAUUUAAACAAAAAUAAAUUAAACAGUGCACAAAAAAAACUCGAAUAAUGUAAAGUAAAUAGUAGAAGAAUUUCAGGAGCAGCAAUUGGAGAUUACAGCAGAAGAAGAAGAAGCAGCAGAAGAUGCCGUCGCGUGAAAACAACUCCGCCCUAUUUUGAGCUGCAGUCAUUGACAUAGACUAAAAACCACAGCAACAACACAACCAUGUGCCGCUGCCUUCAUAUCCUGAUCCUUGCUGUUGAACAAGCAUCAAUAUUAUUAUUAACGUAUUAGGCAUUAACUUUUGAAUCGCAUAGAAGAGUUUUGCCAUCAUCAAAGAGGAUGGGAGCGGGAAACGAGAAUGGCACAGCGAGCAGCGCUGCCGACGUCGCUGCCGCUGCUUCUGCUGCUGUUGCUAAGAGCAGCGCCUUGCAUUCGCUGGACAGCUAUGAUGUGGUCUACGAUGGUCAGGAGCAUGAUGACACCAAAAGCGUGUCUCAUCUCGAUUGGCCCUUCUUAAUUAAGGGAAUCCUGGAGAGCAGCCAGACAUGUGCACCCACCACACCGGACACAUUGGCCGCCCUGCUCUGGGCAAUUAUCGCAGUGUUUGGCAUCGUCUAUGCUCUGCUUGGCUAUCGCUGCUUGCGAGCCGUUGGUUUCCUCAGUGGCUUGAUGGUGGGCGCCAAUGGCAUCUUCAUAUUGCAGGACUUUCAGAUCACUUGGCUGGGCAAACCCGCCGACUCGGCGCUAGCCAUUGUCGCUGGUCUCUUGGGUGCCGUCUUGGGCUCCACAUAUCCCGUGGCGUCGGUUUUAAUUAGCGCCUUUGCUGGCGCCUUGCUCUCCGGUGCUGCGAUGGCCGUGUGCGUUGCCACAAUGCCGGACAAUGAAUUUGGCUAUCGCGAGAUCUAUGUCGCUGUCGUGGGCGGUGCUGUCAUCUGUUCGGUGUUAACGCUGUGCUGUGUCAAGUAUGUCACCAUACUCACGUCCAGCAUUGUUGGCACCGCCAUGAUUAUUGGCGCCAUUGACUUUUUCAUGCAUGGCCUGGAGACCAUUAACUGGAUACUCAACAUGAAGCCACACCCAUCGCCACCGCCUUGCUACGGCGGAUUGCUGAUCACCGCCUGGCCGGUGACCAUUGUGAUAAGCAUUAUGGUGCAGUGCUUCAUCACCGCCUGGCGCGUGGAUCAUCGCAAGCGCAUCUAUAUGCGACACCAUCAGCCACACGGUGCCCAUGGUCCGCAUCAUCAUGGACUGACGCACGGACAGCCGCCGGCGCCGGGUAAUCCUCAUGUGCCGAUGCGACGGGCUCAAUCGCGUACACGAGAAACACGCGAGGAGGCGCGUCAACGCAAGUUCCGUUAUCUGUAUCAGGUGCGCACAGCACGCGGUGACAUUAUAUCGCAGAACUUUGUCUCGGCUCUGCAGAAGCGCAUACAAUUGAGCGGCACCGAAACGCCAUCGGAGCGUUCGAUUAAGACGAGCUCAAAUGAACGCAACACAUUCCGCAGUGAUCGGACACACUUUACGACCAUUCACGAUCCGGAGCUGUGCGAUAAGAUUGAAAUUGUGCGCGACAUUGGAUAACAAACAAGCAAUAGCUACAUGUAACUAUAUCCGUAAGGGGGGCUAGGGAGUGAUCUAUUCAACAGAUUGGAUUUUAGGGUCGGGGGCCAAUUAUAAACGAUGCGAGUUUGGACAACACGGUUAUAGCAACUAGGAAUCAACAUGUAGCUAAAUGGCAAACAAAAACAGAAAACCUAAAAGUGACACGACGGACAGCAGACCGAAAGAAGAGAAGACACAAGCUUUAACUUGAUAUGGAAAUUGAAAGAAUACCAGAUGAAGAGGACGAGUUAUACUCGCGUUUGGUUUCCCGCAAAAUAUGAAAAGAAAGAAAACCAAAAAAAAAAACGAAACUAAUUCAAUAAUGGAUAAAUUAUGAAAAUACUGUAAAUGUAUUUGCAUUCCUAGCACUUUAAGAGCAUAAUUAUGAUAUUCCCCAAUAAUCGAAGUUAGGAAACCUUUGCACCAAAAAAAACACAUAAGAUAAGUGUAAAGUAAAGGAAUGUUACUAUGACACAAGAAUAUAAUAAUAUAAGUAUAUGAAUACGAAAAGAUAGUGAAUGUAAAUGUAGCCAGUGUUUGUAACAAGUUUGACUUGCGUGAUUGAUUGAAAAUGGAUUGUGUAUCAAGGAUUGUUUCUUCUAGUAACUAAAUAUUAUAUACUCGUAUCUGGUCGAAGUUAAGUUGAAUCGCGUAUUCCUAAAAUGCAACUGCAAAUGCAACUGCAAAAUGCACACAUAAUAAUUAUAAUUAUCAAUUUACUAAUGAGUUUGUGAUCUGUGUUAUUCAACAUAUUCCAAGAAAAAAACAAAACAAAAUACAUAUGAAACAACUUUUUCCGCUCUUCGAAUACAACUUAUACUAUAUACAUAUAUAUAGUGCAUAUAUCUACUAAUUACAACUGAUGUUUCCUUCGAUUUUAAAAACAAGUCUACAUAGUAAUCCAUAGCAAAUACAACAAUAAUAUAUAUAUAUAUAUAUGAUGUGCAUACCUAUUAAGUACAAUAAAUUUAACAUGUCCGGGAACCGAAUUUUACGCCAAAAUAUAGCAAACGAAUCUGUACAGUUGCCUAUUAGGAAUUUAAAUAACCGAGAAAAAAAAAGAACGUUAUGAAAUUUUGCAAAAUUGCAUUUAAAAAAUCCUUGUACUUGUCGUAUUUAUCAUAAAGUUUAAGGCUAAGCUAAGGUUCUCUCUAUUAUUAAUUGAAUGAAAUAAGCUCCAUGCAAAGAAAAAAAACUGCAGUACAAACUCACGUUGAGGAACUGCAGAUUAGACAUUGACCUAGCAUUAUAUAUUUAAAAAUGAAAACGAAACCAAAGAAGAAAACUCUGUAAUGAAACGUUAGUCCGUGUUAGUCCUGCUAAGGAAGAAGAAGAAUUGCUGCCGUCCUCAAUCACAGCUAAUUCAAUCAAAAACUAGUCAGUCAGUCAGUCAAUCAAUCAACGAUCGCGGUUGGGUCAAUGUCUAAUCGGGUUUACUUCUACUAGUCCUAAGACCUAAGUUAUCGGAACCGAUCUUUUUAUCAAAAGUGCAACAAAGAUUUAUUGUAGCAUAGCUUCUUGGUACUUGCUACUGGCAUUUAAUGAACAAAUGGCAGCUGUUAUCUUGACAAAAGUUGCAAACUUUUGCUUAUAUUAUAUGAUAAUAUAUUAUAUAUAUAGUUAAUGAUAAUUAAUGGAAAUGCAUAUUUAACGACCUACAACAAACAUAUUAUAUACAAUAAAUCUAUAUAUACAGCAGAGGCUAGAUCGAGGUCGAUAUCGAAAUCGAGCUCGAAAUAAAAAUAAAUAAUGCGAGCCAC